AUGGUAGAAGUUAGAAUCGAUUAUGAUGAACAGUCGACUGUGCCGAAACUCGGGACAUGGCUUGUUCUGCGACGAACUGGUAACGACAACUACGAGGUCGAACGAAAGUGCCGAAAACCAGUACUACCGACAAGGAUAUAUAAAAACAACGUGAUGCUACUUCACCAGGAGUUAUGUAUGAAUUUCAGAACAGCAGCAAAAUAUCGACCUUGUAUUGAGUGUAACUGGAUGCUCACAAAAUAUAUUGAAAGGCCUGGCUCGGAACACGUUUUUGAUAAAAUUGGUCAUAGCAACUGCGACAGUUUCUCAGACAGCAACCCGUUGGUGAAGCCCUUUAGCAGUGAUAGCGUUUCGCCCGCCCAGACAUUGACGAGUAAGGCUGAGCGCGACUUAAUUACUGGAUCAGUUAUUGUCCCGAUAUCGGCAAAUACAGCACUCGAAAAUAUUAAAAUAUUUCGCGGAGUGGUAACGCUGCUUAGUGGAAGCUUCGCGGUUAUUCAGCCAGAGGGUCACAUCGGUUUUCUCAAAAACAACAGAAGUGAUAACUCAUUGAGGGACUUGAAAAUUGGUGACUGGGUAGCUGUCGCAGGCGUGCAAAGAGGCAAAACUAUUGCAUAUGACAUUAUAAAUUUGCCGUCGCUAAUAAGUGCGGAAGCGCCAACAAAAGUGAAGCGAGGCACAGUACUGGUCAGUUGCCAUUAA